AUUCCCUUGAUUCAACUUCACAGUUCGAACUUUAACGAACUUCAGGAGUCCUGGCAAGACUCGACAGCUGAGGAUUCUGAAUGUAGCGCCCCCAUGCAGACGUAUUCCUAUGGCAGAUUGCAAGGUGUCGUGAGCCGCCAACUUUGUCCACGCAAAUUGUAGUUGGCCAUUGAAGCUGAGCGUAGGCGAGACGGGUUCCUUGGGGUGUACUGCGCUCAGCGUUCGUUUGUUUAGAUCGGAUUCAUAGCGUGAGGGCUGGAACAAUACUUGCAUGCUGGGAUUACAAGAAAGCUUUCCGAAUGGCGGUUAUUCGGUGGACCCCAGAAGGCAUGCGGAUGAUGAUGGGAGUGUGCUUGGUGAUUCCAGUGAUCACUUUCGCUGUCCGGCUGUCCCGCUCAGGGGACUUUAGGUGGCCCGCUCAGGAUGUGGACGCAGCAGCGCCAGAGUUGACACAUCCCGCACCACCACCGCUUCCCGCAUCAGUAGCAAGAAAGUAGGCACAAGCUUCUGCUACAUUCUUAGAGUUGCGCAGCUGUCCACAUCCUAUGUCUUAUAUCGUUCAGGCGCCCCAUGCCAUAUGAGGUUGACUCGCUUGGCCGCUAUGCCGACCAAUCUGUUGGAGUUGAGCUUGACACCAAUGGGGCAGCUUGCAACCAGAGCUCCAGUCGGAGAGAAAGAUCCCGACUUCAGGAAAGUAUGCAAGAGAUCACGUUGCCGGUGUACUUUGACAAGCUCGUUAAUGCUUCUAGAGUUGUGCACAUGGUCGGACCCUUGUAAGAGUCCAUCUAACAAUAGUUUCAAGUAUGUCCGAUCAUUUGGGUUCAAUCAUAGGCAAAGCAUUCAUCUUCCUGGCAGGCACCCUCAGAGUCUGACCACUUGUAAUGAUGCUCGAUUCUGCAAAAGUUCUGCAUGCGCAUAGACAGCAGUAAUCUCGCAACAUUACCCUCUUAUGACCACCCUUGGCGAUUGAACCAAGCGGGGCAGCGGUGUUAGUGUUAAGAGUGAUUUUCGUACGUGCAACUUUUUGUAUGUUGUUCUCAGUAUCCUCGCAUUUUGGAUUGCUGUUGGUAUCAUGAUGGCUGUGUGAUAGUUGUGCUGCAUCACGCAAGCGGAACUAGUUGCAAAUCAUUGUGGAGUGCUUGAACGUAAGUUGGAGCUUGAUCUUAGAUAAUCGUCAUUGGCCCAGUUACAGUUACAAUGGAUGAUGGGUCGCAAGAUAACUUGACAGGACGAUCCAGGCCUCAAGUUUCACGAGAGCAAGAUCUGCAAGAUACCCGACAUGCUCUAAAUUACAGGCAUCAAUUCAAGCUUAGGCACGCAAGAUGCAAAGCCUUGCAGCUGAAUUUGCGCUUGUUUGUACACAAUGUUUGUUAGCGUAAUGAAUCCC